AUGAAUGGCCUGAAAUUUCUGUCCUUAUCUAGCCGGCAGCUGUCCGAGACAAAACUGGCCGAGUCGGUGACAACAAAACUACAACACAUAGAGGAGCUACCUAAGCCUCAGAAAUAUUUGAUUAAGCGUAUUUUAACUCUUCUAUCGCCGAUAUUAGACCAAGAAAUAUAUCAACACACUAAAGCUAUUAAUACUGUUACCGCUUACUAUCAAUUUAAGGAAGGGUUGAAAGUCAUAUGGCCGAGAGCGGUUACGUCGACGAUUAGAAGCCAGAAAGCGAAACGACUAAGAGAUAUUUCGAAGUAUAUCAAGCGAAAGCAUCUACAGAACCUUUCAUCAAGUACUAUUAUUGCUUACAAUAUUUAUAAUAAAAAGUUUGCAGAAGUGAUACACUUUCAGCGCUAUGCUAAUGAUUCUUACUCGACUAUGACUAGGCCUCUAUAG